AUCUACAUGUAGCCUUCAAAUGAGGCUGUUCACAAAAAUCAUGAGUUCCCUGCUCUAAGAACCCCGAAAAUUUGAGGCUCUUCCUAAUUUUCUAUCCCAGUUUUCCAAAUUUGACCCUCUGGAUCAUCUAUAUAAACCAACCUGAUUGUCAAACAAACUCGUGUGCAAUUAUAAUCCAUAUCUCAGAGUCCUUGCUCUGUGGCCUGAAUUUGUCGGCCACCUUCGUCUUCAGGCCAUGGGUUCCAGCAAGACUUUGAUAUCCUGUGCCUUGUUGCUGGCUUUUGCCAGCCUCGCGUAUUGUCAGGAUCUUAAUAUAAUUGACAUCACACAUGAGUAUACUCCUGCUAUGCCAUCUUAUGGCUCCAAAAAAGGUCUUGGGGAGAUCUUGACUUUGGUUUGUGACCAAAGGAAAGGAUUCAAAACCACAAACUCCUUAUUGACCAUUCAAGUUCAUUCUGGCACUCACACUGAUGCUCCUUCACAUGCUUUUAUCGAUUACUAUAAUCAAGGAAUUGAUGCCACCACUCUUAGCCUUCAAACACUCAAUGGCCCUGCUAUUGUGGUUGAUGUUCCAAGAGACCAAAACAUAACUGCUGAGGUUAUGAAGAAGUUGAACAUUCCAAGAGGAGUAAAGCGUGUUCUUUUCAGAACAUUGAACACCGACAAGAAGUUGAUGAACAUCACCUUGUUCGACUCCAGCUAUGUGGGAUUCACCACAGAUGGAGCACAAUAUCUUGUAGAUAAUACUGAUAUUAAACUUGUCGGUAUCGAUUACUUGUCAAUUGCUUCAGCUGCUGAUGUUCUUUCUCCUCAUACAGUAUUGAUGAAGAAUAAGGAUAUCAUUCCUUUGGAAGGCUUGAAGCUAGAUGAAGCUAAGGUUGGUGUUAAAUACAACAUUCACUGUCUACCUCUGAAAUUGCACGCUGAUGCUUCUCCAGUGAGGUGCAUUCUUACCCAAUAAGCAUCCCCCCUACAUUUGCUUAAUGUAACAAGCUAGAUGGACUUGCUUCUUUAAAAGGUGGCAGGAAUGGCAGCAGCAGAAAUGAAUAUUAAUUACGCUCAUGUGUAGUCAAAGCCUUGUAAACAAUAUUUCCAUUUAAUAAAACAAGGCUGCUUUUGUUGUA